CCGUUGGGGGUGUUCACUAUACUUCAUGUAACAUACUCUUUCUUCUUGUUGUCGCACGAACCCCACACACACAACACACACACACACACAAUGGUCGCAAGAUCCCCACCGAAGCUGAGGAAGAAGAUUGUGGCUCCACUUGAUCCGAUUCAACUCAGAGACACACUCGACAAGGUGGAGAAAUGUAUGGAUAGACUGCAAGAGCUUCAGUACAUCACCGGUGGGACGAAGUUGAUCUCCGGUGUGAAUCUCAGCCCUCGUAGUUCCAGAGGCUACUUAAGAACAAGCCUCAGGUGUAAACAGGAAUCACUCAGAAUCAGAAAUGCAAAUGGUCAAAAAUCGUCACCCGGAAGAUUACCCACACAAAAUAGGUGA